AUGGAGUCGCCCGACACCUUCACCCUCCUCCCGCUCGAAAUGGACCCCUCCACCAAAACCAUAUCCGCAUCCCACAGCGCGACGAACGCACUCAACGCCGAACUCGAAGCGCUAAACGCCCUGCACCGCAACCUGCUCAAUGUCGAAACACCCACGGGCACGCCCCCACCUCCCGUCCCCGUCAACCCUAAGCGCUCCGCGCAAAUCGGCAAGCUGCGCGAAUCCGGUAACGCCGAGUUCCGCAAGGGCAACCACGGCAGUGCAGUCAAGCUGUAUGGUCUCGCGAUCGACAUGGCGCUUGGCAGGCCAUCAUGGGAGCCGUCAGGGCUGGUGCGCGAGGAAGUCUCGAGCCUGUUGAGCAAUCGCGCGCAAGCGAAUAUGGCACAGCAGCUGUGGGCCGAGGGCGCGAUAGACGCAGAAGCGAGCGUGGAGAUGAAGAAGGUCGGCAAUGCGAAGGGGUGGUGGAGGAGAGGCAAGUGUUUGCUGGAGAUGGGCAGGUUGGAAGAGGCGGAGCAGUGGGUUAAGCAGGGGCUGGAGUUUGAGGCAACGGAGCAGGAUCUGGUGCAGUUGAAGGAUGAGAUUGAGAAGAAGAAGGGCGGUGCUUCUGUCUAG